AAGUGAAGUGAAGUGGAGGCUGCUGCUUUUCACCUGGUUUUCCUUUAAGAAUCCACGAGAUUCACUCACUACAGAAAACAAUUGGACUAACAGAAACCCUACGGACUCUCAACUUCUCUGUGGUUCUCGGGUAGCAGCCAGCAUGCAGAAGAGGAGGCAUCGUUACUUACAUUAACUGCAUUUCCAUCGUGAAUCAUUUCUCAUGGAGAGAGAGACAAAGUUUGUUUUUUGAGCAAAAGUUUGUCUGUAAAGCAAGGAACAUCCAUUCCAUUUGUUUUUUCCUUUUUCUUUUACAACUUCUGUAUCAGUAACAGGGAUCUGGGGAUGCAAGAACUCCUCCGUAUGUUUCAGGUGGAAUGCUUGCAUCUGUGAAACUUUAGGACAUUUUCCACACUGUGGAGGAACUACAGAGGCAGUAGCUUUCAGAGCAAGAUCAUUGUGCUUCAGCACUAUAAUUGAGUCUGCGCUAUUGUCAUGAGAUUGAUGUGAACGUUUGGCUCGUAACGGAACGGUGAACCUCAGUUUUACCAAAAUGAAGGAUGACUUCAAUGAUGAAGAGGAAGUGCAGUCUUUUGGCUACAAAAGAUUUGGUAUCCAGGAGGGAAGUGAAUGCACUAAAUGUAAAAAUGACUGGGCCUUAAGGGUGGCCAUUGCCCUUCUAUAUGUGCUUUGUGCACUGCUCACCAUAGCUGUGGCUGUGUUGGGGUACAAAGUAGUCCAAAAGAUGGAUAAGGUCACAGAGGGAAUGGAGAAUUACGGUGGGAAGAUCAUGGCUGUAGAGACAGACCUCAAGAAGCUUGAUGAUCAAACAGGAGAGAAAUCAGAGAAUGCCACCAGUGAGCUCCUCUCAUUUAAGUUGGAAAUUCAAACCUUGCAGAAUCAGCUCAAUGACGUUGCUCUGAGGGCUUCUAGCAAUAGAGCUGCUCUUGAUGAGCUACAACUAGCUGGUGAGGACAUGCAGAGUGGACAUCUCUCACUGCGAGAUAUGCUGGAGAGCAAUGCCAACGUUAUCAGCAAAGUCAACCACACCUUAAACACAUACAGUGGCCUGAUUGAUGGACUAAAGACAGACACAGAGCGGCUCCAAACGGAUCUUCAGGUGCAGAGCAGUGAGCAGAGCCAAAACACCCACAGCCUCAGCACUCUGAACUUUACCCAGUCCCAGCAGAGGAACCUGAUUAGCUCCCUUCAGAGGUCAGUGGAGGACACCAGCCAGGCUGUCCAGAAGCUUAAGAAUGAUUAUCAGAGCCUUCAGCAGCUGGCCAGGCAGACCAAAGCGGAUGCUGAUUGGCUUAGAGAGAAGGUGCAGAACCUUCAGGCAUUAGCUGCUAAUAAUUCUGCACUGACUCGCUCUAACAGUGACACUUUAGAAGAUGUGACCUCACAGCUGAACUCACUCUCAGAGCAGGUGCAGAACGCUUCAGCCAUCACUGAUGGUCAUGACCAAAGCCUGCGUGAGCUCAUGGACCAGCAGCAAGACCAUGACAAUGCCACAUCAAUGAAGUUCGAUGAACUGGAAGCACGUCUUGACCGCAACGAGGGAGAGAUGGACCGCAUAACAGGCAAUGUAAGCUUUGCCACACAGCUGCUUGGCGUAAUCAGCAUAGACCUCAAUGGUCUGCGCACCUGCGCUGAGACAGUGACCCAGCACUCUGACCUGUUGCUGGGGCUGAACAGCAGUGUGGCUGAGACCAGGGCGGACAGCGCCGAGCUCAAAUCACAGCAGGAAGAACUUGCCACCAGGCUUGACCGAGAGGUCAGCAACCUCUCCAUAGUAAUGGAGGAAAUGAAACUGGUUGACAGCAAACAUUCACAGCUUAUCACCAACUUCACUAUCCUUCAGGGUCCUCCUGGUCCAAGGGGUCCUCGGGGAGACAAAGGCUCCCAAGGGCCCCCUGGGAAACUUGGCCAGAAAGGUGAAACUGGCGAAAAAGGAGCACCUGGUGUUUCUGGGCCUAAAGGAGAAAAAGGUCCAACAGGGCCUCCCGGUGUGCCAGGGUUCAAAGGUCUACCUGGAUCAAGAGGAAGCCCUGGGCAAAAGGGUUCGCGGGGAUCAGGAGGCAGGGCGGGGCCUCAAGGAGAGAAAGGUGACCCUGGUAUAACUGGUCUGCCCGGAAGAGAUGGUCAGCCAGGUCCUCAGGGGCCACAAGGUCCACAGGGACUCAGAGGGCCAUCAGGGCCUGCAGGACCAGAAGGAGCCCGUGGGCCCGAUGGCCCCAUUGGCCCACCUGGACCUCCUGGAUUACCAGGACUUCCUGCACCAGUAGUUGUGCCCCCUGUAGAUCCUCAAGCCUUUGUCAACCGCCAGGUAGCUCUACCUACAAGUGCAACAGGGUGCCUACCUCAGUGGAAGAGUUUUAGAGAAACAUGCUACUACUUCUCAGCUCCAGCAGAGAAUCUGAACUUUGGCGAAACAAAGGAAAGAUGCAGCAACAAGAGUUCAUCUAUGCUCAUUAUCAAUGAUGAAGAUGAGCAGCUAUGGAUAAAGAGUCAUAUUUCUGGAAAAGGCUACUUUUGGCUGGGCCUCACAGACAGUGCAGAGGAAAACAUCUGGAGAUGGGUGGAUGGGAACCUGCCCACCUAUACGAAAUGGAAACCUGGGCAGCCUGAUAAUUGGAGUCAUGGUCAUGAGGAAGGGGAGGACUGUGCAGGUGCUGACAGGGAGGCGAACAAGAAGAGGAUCAAGCUUUGAUUCCGUUUAGUGCAUAUUUCGGCCAUGCCUCUCUUCACGUCAAAUCCAUUUGAUCAAGAUGUUGAGAAAGCCACAAGUGAGAUGAACACAGCUGAGGAUUGGGGCCUCAUUCUGGACAUAUGCGACAAAAUUGGGCAGUCUCGCACCGGGCCUAAAGAAUGCCUGCGUUCUAUAAUGAGGAGAGUGAAUCACAAGGAUCCCCAUGUUGCCAUGCAAGCGUUGACGCUACUUGGUGCGUGUGUGUCAAACUGUGGAAAAAUAUUCCAUUUAGAGGUCUGUUCCAGGGAGUUUGCUAGUGAAGUUAGCAAUGUGCUAAAUAAGGGCCACCCAAAAGUGUGUGAGAAGCUGAAGGCUCUUAUGGUGGAAUGGGCAGAGGAUUUCCGUAAUGACCCCCAACUAAGCCUCAUCUCAGCCAUGAUCAAGAACCUGAGGGAACAGGGCGUCAUCUUCCCUGCUGUGGGCUCUCAGGCAGCAGAACAAGCUAAAGCAAGUCCUGCAUUGGUAGCAAAAGACCCUGCAACAUCAACAAACAAAAAGGAGGAAGAGGACCUUGCUAAAGCCAUCGAACUGUCUCUUAAGGAACAGCGGCAACCGCAGCAGCCUCAGGUCUCUCUUUCUGGACUCUACCCGAGCACCAGCAGCCUCAUUAGCUCACAUAAGACUGAGGGCAGAAAGGUCAGGGCCAUCUAUGACUUUGAGGCAGCUGAGGACAAUGAGCUCACCUUCAAGUCAGGAGAGAUCAUCACCAUCCUGGAUGACAGUGACCCCAAUUGGUGGAAGGGCGAGACAUAUCAGGGUGUUGGGCUUUUUCCAUCAAACUUUGUGACAGCAGACCUGACAGCAGAGCCUGAGAUGAUGAAAACAGAGAAAAAGACUGUGCAGUUCAGUGAAGACAUCCAGGUCGAGACAAUUGAACCAGAACCAGAGCCUGUCUACAUUGAUGAGGAGAAAAUGGACCAGCUGCUUCAGAUGAUCCAGAGUGCAGAUCCAACAGAUGAUCAGUCAGACACCUGUGAGCUCCUGCAGUUGGAGGCUGCUUGCAACCAGAUGGGUCCCCUUAUUGAUCAGAAGUUGGAGGACAUUGACAGGAAACACUCUGAGUUGUCCGAUCUGAACGUGAAGGUCAUGGAAGCUCUAUCCCUCUAUGCUAAGCUAAUGAAUGAAGACCCAGUGUACGCUAUGUAUGCUAAAUUACAGAGCCAGCAAUACUACAUGCAGCAGACUCAAAACACUUCCCAACAGGUGUACCCUGGUCAGUCCACUGGAGGGCAGUAUGCAAUGGGUAGCACAGGAGUACCAACAUAUAAUGUUCCAAUGGAGCAGCUGUCUGCUAUGAACCAAACAGGAACACCAAUUGCCGGGCAGCCAGCUCCCAGGAGACCUGUUACACUUGCAUAUGUAAUGCUCAGCACCUUACCAUGCUUUGCUAUCAUCAUAGCCAGCUCAAAGGUUCAGGUUGAUGCUGACGUUUGUUAUGACCGCUUCACUGAGCUCCCUGUCUCACUGGUCUUGUUCUCCCUCAUUUGUGUGGACAUAGUAGAGAGAAUUCGCCCUCUUCAUCUGACAGGACAGGCAAAUGGAUUAGAGUCAGACUUUGAGAUGCCGGGCCCAGCACUGACUCACUUGGAGCAGGUGACAUCAGUGUCUGCACAGCUGCAGGCUAAUGGAGGAGACAGUGACACAUCACUGAGGUCACUGGUCAGGAAUGGGUCACCAUCGGGUCACUGGGGUGAUGCAGAUUUGUGCAGCACUUCUCGGGCCAGCAGCACAGCCUAUCUUUAUUCCUCCCACUCUCACUCUGGUCCUCUGCGCUUUCUCUGGAGACGAGACCCUCGUCAUGACCUCUUUGUAGCCAGCUUCAUGUUCUGGUUUGAUACUGUGGAAAUGGUGAGGGUGGCCGGGACACUUUCUAUCUAUUACUCAGGGUGGGUCUUCCCUAUAUACAUACUGGCUUAUAUGUCUGUUUUGCGUGUGGUAAUAACACCCAACAGUCCGUUGCUGGCAUCAUUAAGUGUUUUGUCCCAAGAUUUACCAUUUCUUGUGGUGCGCAUCUGCCUGGUGGUGAUCUUUGGUUAUGUUACUCCCCUGCUGUACAUACUAAAGAACAUUUUCGCAACAGCAUCCUUCGUGUACUUCGUCUUUAUGACUAAACUAAAGAUGCUGAACAGAGGAAGCAUGUUCUGAGGACAUUGUGGAGUCCAGUUUGUGUGGAAAAAGCAGCAGAAGAACGAUUAGGGGUAUAAUAUUGAUAAUGUCCUGUAUUUUCAUCUGUAAAUAUGUUUUACUACCAUACGAAUGUGUAUAAUUGUUGAUUUAUAUUUUACAGAUGGCACAGACAUCUGUUUGUUAUUGUUUCCAGGUAAAGGUUCUGUCGCUCUGUAUUUAUUGAGAAAUAUAUUGGUAAAUGCUGUUUGUGUUCAUAUUUUGACUAAUGCAUAUUUUAAGGCUUUUUUUGUGUGUGUGUUUUUUUCUAUGCAUCCAAAUACCUGACUUAAAUGUAGUACAUAUACUGCAUGUUUCAUACAUCACCACUGAUCUAAUAUUUUCCCACCUAAUUUUAUUUCGAACACCAGAUAUCAGCUUCUUGCACAUGCAUGUGUAUUUAUUUAAAUAUUUAUUGUUGGAUUUCAUUCCAACAUGUGAGUGUAGCUCACGCAAGGCUCAUAUUGACUUAAGAUAAUGCAAAUUCAUCUGACCUGUGUCAUGAAAAACUGAUUGCUUUUUUUGUAGAAGGCUUGACCAUUAAUACUUUGAUUCUACUCUGAUCCAUAUCAUACAACAAAGAGAAGCUUUUCAAAAAUCCCCUUGCAUCUUAUAAAUGAAACCUCAUUUUUCUCAUAUUUCUCAUAUCUUUUUAUUUUAGCUGUCCAUAUGCACACUAUAAGCAGGGGUGUAAAGUGAUUGAGUAAAAAUACUUAAGUAUUAUACUUAAGUAUUACUUUUUGGGAUUGUCCUUUACUCGGGUGCAAUUUAAACGGAAUACUUAUACUUUUACUUAGUUACAUUUCCAAGGAAAAAAUAGUACUUUUUACUCCACACAAUUUUAUUUAAACUUGAAAAAGUACUCACUACAUCUUUGCAGAUCAUUUUCUUUUGCCUUACUGGACUGAAGCUGCCUUUUCACUGCAUCUGACAAAUAACAGAUGACAGACCAGAGGUCUGUCAUUUCAAAUGGAGUGUCAUACGGCGGCUGUGUGGAGUUCCGACCAUCUGAGGCAGAAUUUCGGAUCUGAUUUGAGCUUCGGAUGUGUUGAAAUAUCUGUUUGACUAGACUGUAUGUGACUGUACAAAUCUGAGUAAAUAUUAAUCAUGAAUUUGUUUGAAUUCAUCCAUCUGCUCAACAGCAAGGUUUGGUAACAAACCUCAGAAAACAAUUCACAAAAGC